CAGCGGGACGCCAGUCCAGCCGCUAGCGACGCAGCCUCUGCGAGCCUCGCCCGCCGCCCGUCUCCUGCAUGCGCCGUCUCUGCCACGGCAGACCACACGAGCGGGGCAGAAAAUGCUUUUUGAAGCAUGGAUACUUUUCCUACUUGCUAUGACACUUCCUGAUGCCAUCCUGGGAAUCACAACAUCUCAACAGAGUUUAUCAGCAGUAACUGCUUCAUCAAAAGGUGGAAGAACAGCACGAAAACCAAGAGAGAAUUGUAGGUCAGCAAUUGAAUCGGCAAUGGAUUUGAUUAGCAAGCGGAACAUACAACAACCUAAUGUUAAUGGAAGCUUUCUAGAUCUUGCUGGUUAUGCUCUUCAUCAGCCACUCCGUUCAGCACCAUAUGAUAUGUACGUGACUGAAAUGCGCAUAAAAAUGCCAGCUCAAGCAGUUUGGUUUGAGGUUGAACAUUGCCACUGGGAGCCUCGUAAACGUACACUAGAAACUCGUCUAGGUUUUUCGGAGCUCAGUGUUACAGGUGCAGUGAAAUUAUAUGAGGGAGAUUUCAUAAAAAACACACCACAUCCAUUGCCAACUGAUGUCUGUAAUGUUACGAUGCGCAUGAAACGAGCUGGACUGCAGAUUGCUGCUCAGCCACGCAUAUUGUCCAGUAGUAACAGAGGACGAGAGCACCGUGAGGAGACAGUUAUAGGAGAAAAGCAAAAUUCAGCAAAAAACCGUGCUACUGAAGAUACAACACAAGAAAUGGAAGAAGUGUUUCUAAAAGGCAUUCAGUCACUUCUCAAGACUUAUCUGGGGAAGCAGCUUCAGCAGACUAUGAAGAACAUUGUUAUGAGAAAUAUGGGCUACACUGUUUCAUAUGGAAGGUAGUGAUGUAGGUUCACAGUUAUUAAAUGUUAUCAUACCUACAUAUUUUAACUAUAAAUACACCAAGUAUCAGUGGUUUACUUUUUUAAAUAUGUGCUAUGAGAAUGACUUGCAUACAUGAACAGUUUGAUAAAUUUUCAGAUUUCAUUUUGAUUAUAUGUUUAGAUCUUUGAAAAUUACAGUAUCUACUUAAGUCAUACCACUAUGUCUCUAAGAACUUGGUCUUAACCAGUCAGUGCUUUCUGCUAAAAUGAAAAAACAAUGUAUUGAAACAUGUGAAUAGUAAUUUCAGAUUUUCCACAUGUAUCACAGCUAAUGACUUUGUCUCAAGCCUAAUAAAGUCCAGUUUAGAUGAAGUA